CUUUCAUUCGGUCCGCAAAGUAACUCCGGGGCAUGAAAUACUCUCCUCCGACUGCCCCGACACGUCCCUAACCCCUUUCCCUCGGCCAAUCCACGCGCAAACGUGAGGGGCAAUGGCCUUUCCCCUCCCGCGGGGCAUCACGCCCCCGGAGAUCUCCUUCCUCGCGGAGAUGGAGAUGGUCACCAUCUUGCCUCGUCAGCGACUCGAGGGGCUUGAAUUACUGGGAGGCCCCGUCUCCCCCCUCCUCCCACCCCGACGCACCUCCCUCCCCCUCUGGCUCGCCCUCCUCCUCAAACGCCAACGCCGUGCCAACAUCCUCCCGCCACCCUGGCUCCACCCCGAAUCUCUGGAGCUCAUCCUCGAAAUCGAGACCCAAAACGACGAAUACCAGCACGCCUUCUCUCCGCCACCUCCACUGCCCGGCCAGCCCGCCCCGGGAGAUCACCGUCGCGCUCCGCUCGCAACCCCGCGCUACACUCCCUCCGGCGAGAAAUACUACCCUGCGCCGCCGUUCCUGCCUCAGAAUACAGCACGCGAUCACAUCCCGCCGGGCGAGCCACCGGCACUACCGUUCCAUUGGUUGGAGGUAGGGACAAUGUUGCUGGAGGCGGCGAGCGAUGAUCUUGUGGAUCCGGAUCAGACGAGACGGCUGUUGAAGGAGCUGAGGGAAGUGCGGAUGGCGAAGGUUAGGGCGGGUGUGGAUGUCCUAGAUGCGGCGGCUAUGGGGGGUGGGGGUGUUGCGUUGACGGGUGUGGGAGCUAUGGAGUUGGGAGAGGGGAGGAGGUUCAUUGCGGGGGUUGUGGAUGGACUGAGGCGCAUCGGGGCGUCCAAAGAACAGGCGAGGAGAGAAGAGAUGGCAGAGGAAAUGGCGAAUGGGGGGUAUGAUGGGACACAAGACGAUGAUGAUGAAAUGGAGUUUUAGAUGCUUCUUCUUUUCUUGCUUUAUAUUUGCAAUGCGUGGGUUGGUUCAUUGUUCGUUGUUUGUUACAUGAUGGGAGUUAUUGGUGUCAAGUCUAUAUGUAUGGGACAUGGCAGGACAUGAUCAUAUUGGCAUCGCACAUACAUCAGAUACAUGUAUGUAUAUAUACCCUAUAUCAUUGGUUGGAAGUUACUUGGUUGAUGGGCCGGUUGUCAUGCUAGUAAGCAGGUAGUAGAUAGGUAGUAAGUAGUCCCAAUCAAUCCCACUAUCAAGAACACCAGAUGCAUGCGACGCUCAGCUU